AUGGAGGAUCAGGGCCAGAACGACGAGCUGUAUCCCAUUGCUGUUCUCAUCGACGAGCUCAAGGUAUGACGCUAUCCGUGUUUACACGUGCGAGAGAACCCGCAACCACGUACAUUACGACUUGAGCGGACACUAUUGACACUGCGGCAUAGCACGACGAUGUUCUGCUACGAUUGAACGCCAUCCGAAGACUCUCCACCAUUGCCCUCGCCCUGGGCCCGGAGCGAACUAGAGAAGAGUUGAUACCCUUUUUGGACGGUACGCCUUGGUGGCACAUGACAUAAUGAGAGACCGGGCGCUGACCGUAGCAUAGAAUCCGUGGAAGACGAGGACGAGGUGCUCACUGCCCUUGGGGAUGAGCUGGGCAACUUUGUCGAGUACGUGGGAGGUCCCGAACAUGGGCACGUGCUCCUCUCCCCUUUGGAGAAUCUGGCAACAAUCGAGGAGCCACUCGUGCGCGACAAGGUAUGAUCAUUCCAUGAGGCUUUCCACGAGAUGUGCUGACCGAUCCAGGCCGUCGAGUCGCUCAACAAGAUCUGCGACCAGCUCUCCCAGCAGCAGGUUGAGCAGUACUUUAUUCCUUUGACACUGCGCCUCUCCAAAGCGGAUUGGUUCACAUCUAAGAUCUCGGCCACUGGCCUCUACAACACUCCAUACCAGCACGCGACACCACAGUCCCAAGAAGGGCUCCGACAGCAGUUCUCUCAGCUCGUACACGAUGACACACCAAUGGUGCGCAGACAGGCGGCCAACAACCUCGCCAAAUUCGUCAAGAGCAUGCCCGCUGCGAUCGUGAUUGACGAGAUGAUUCCAUUGUUUCAGCAUCUGGCCAAGGACGACCAGGAUAGUGUCAGACUACUGACCGUUGAAAUUCUGAUUGCUAUUGCUGAGGCCGUGCCGAAGGAGCAACAAUCAAGUCAUGCAGUCCUCAUCACUGCUUUGCGCGAGCUUUUCGAUGACAAGAGCUGGCGUGUUAGAUACAUGGUCGCCGAUCGAUUCGAGAAGAUUGCCAAGGCUGUUGACGAGGAGGUCAUCGCCCGAGAUCUUGUGCCUGCUUUCGUCAAGCUCCUGAAGGACACGGAGGCCGAAGUGAGGAGUGCAAUAGCUGGACAAAUUCCAGGUAUGGUUCCCAGAGUCGUAUCACAUGUAUACGUGUGCUGACAUAGCAUAGGCUUCUGUCAGCUGGUAGACCGCCAGGCUCUCCUACGCGACAUCAUGCCAGCCAUCGAGGAUCUCGUUUCAGAUUCAUCCCAGCACGUCCGUGCCGCAUUUGGCAACCAGAUCAGCGGCCUUGCUCCUAUUCUUGGCAAGCAAGAGACAACUGAACACCUUCUGCCAAUGCUUCUGCAGAUGCUCAAGGAUGACUUCCCGGACGUGCGCCUGAACAUCAUCUCCAAGCUGGAACAGGUUAACAGCGUUAUCGGCAUCGAGCUCUUGUCGCAGUCGCUACUUCCCGCCAUCGUCCAACUGGCAGAGGACAAGCAGUGGCGUGUGCGAUUGGCUAUCAUCCAAUACGUUCCCCUUUUGGCCUCUCAGCUCGGUGUCAACUUCUUUGACGAAAAGCUAAGCAGUCUCUGCAUGUCCUGGCUUGGAGACACAGUUUUCAGCAUCCGUGAAGCCAGCACGCAGAACCUCAAGAAACUCACCGAAGUGUUUGGCGUUGAAUGGGCAAGCGGAGCUAUUGUUCCCAAGGUCGCCGCCAUGGCCGAACACCCCAACUACCUCUACCGCAUGACCACGUGCUUUGCCGUUUCAGUAAGUAUCCUGGCUUUUUCGACGUACGAGAGCGUCUACUAAUCCUUGACAGAUACUUGCCCCUGCUCUCUCCCCUCCCGUCCUGGCGCACUCCGUCCUACCUAUCUUGCAGCAGCUCGUCUUGGACCCCAUCCCAAAUAUCCGGUUCAACGUCGCAAAAUCCUACGCAGUCUUGAUCGACAUCCUCAAGCGACUACCUGACGAUCCUAACGUGACGAUUGUGGAAAUGGAGAAGAAGGGCGCUACCAAUUUCCCGGGAAGCGAGCGUGGCUUUCAACUCAUCAGGGAUGAAGUCAUGCCGCCUCUUGAGAAGUUGAUGCAAGACGAUGACGUUGACGUACGAUACUUUGCAACGACUGCCAGUAAGGCCUGGACUGAUGCCGAGAAUGCUAUGGAGACCUAG